AUGCCUGCGCUCUACGCUUACGGGGAUGGCGGAUGCCUCGUCUCGGCGCCGGCUGAGCUGGCGAGGCUCUUCUGCCGCGGCGCCGUGCAGCAGCGGAAGCGCACGCUGGUGGCCGCGACCGCGGUCGCUGCGGCGGCGGCGGAGUGCGUGAGGGUGGCCAAGAAGCAGAGGCAGCAGCUGCCGCUGCCGCUGCCGUCGCUCGACGCGCUCCCGGACGAGUGCCUCUUCGAGAUCCUGCGCCGCGUGCCCGGCGGCCGCGGCCGCGGCGCCUCCGCCUGCGUCUCCCGCCGCUGGCUCGCGCUCCUCGGCAGCAUCCGGGCCUCCGAGCUCGGCCAGGCCGCGGCGGCGGCGGCGGCGGACACCCCGUCGCUGCCCGACCUGAACGAGGAGUUCGUCAUGGAGGAGGAGGAUAAGGAGAAGUCCCCCGCGGAUCGGUGCGCCGUUGACAGGGUCCUGGAGGGCAAGGAGGCCACCGACGUCCGCCUGUCCGCCAUGGCCGUCGUCGCCGGAUCCCGCGGCGGGCUGGAGAAGCUCGCUGUCCGCGGUAGCCACCCGACCCGUGGCGUCACGGACCAAGGACUCUCGGCGGUUGCACGCGGCAGCCCCAACCUCGGCUCGCUGGCGCUCUGGGAUGUGCCUCUUAUCACCGAUGCUGGGCUUGCGGAGAUCGCCGCCGGGUGCCCCUCGCUGGAGCGUCUGGAUAUCUCUCGAUGCCCCCUCAUCACAGACAAGGGCCUCGCCGCUGUUGCGCAGGGGUGCCCCAACUUGGUGUCUCUGACCAUUGAGGCAUGCUCCGGUGUUGCCAAUGAGGGCCUGAGGGCCAUUGGCCGCAGCUGCGUGAAGCUGCAAGCUGUGAACAUCAAGAACUGCCCUCUUGUUGGUGACCAAGGCAUCUCCAGUCUGGUGUGCUCUGCUACCGCUUCACUUGCUAAGAUCCGGCUCCAGGGAUUGAACAUAACUGAUGCUUCGCUUGCUGUGAUUGGAUACUAUGGGAAGGCUGUCACUGACCUUAUACUUACUCGUCUUGCUACUGUUGGUGAGAGGGGUUUCUGGGUGAUGGCUAAUGCUGCUGGCCUGCAGAAUCUGAGGUGCAUGAGUGUUACCUCUUGCCCUGGAGUCACUGAUCUUGCGCUCGCUUCUAUUGCCAAGUUCUGCCCAAGCUUGAAGCAGCUUUACCUCAGGAAGUGUGGACAUGUGUCGGAUGCUGGCCUUAAGGCAUUCACAGAAUCAGCAAAGGUGUUUGAGAACUUGCAGCUUGAGGAAUGCAACCGGGUUACUCUUGUCGGUAUUCUUGCUUUCCUCCUCAACUGCAGCCAGAAGUUCAGGGCUCUCUCUUUGGUGAAAUGCAUGGGGAUCAAGGAUAUCUGCUCUGCGCCUGCACAACUUCCUCUUUGCCGAUCACUUCGUUUCCUUACAAUCAAGGAUUGCCCAGGUUUCACUGAUGCAAGCUUGGCUGUGGUGGGGAUGAUUUGCCCUCAGUUAGAGCAGGUUGACCUGAGUGGUCUUGGUGAGGUCACUGACAAUGGGCUUCUUCCAUUGAUCCAGUCUUCUGAAGCUGGUCUGAUCAAGGUUGACUUGAGUGGUUGCAAGAACAUCACAGAUGUGGCUGUCUCCUCCCUGGUGAAGGGACAUGGAAAAUCUCUGAAGAAAGUCAGCCUUGAGGGUUGCAGCAAGAUAACAGAUGCUAGCCUCUUCACCAUGUCUGAGAGCUGCACCGAGCUUGCCGAGCUUGAUCUUUCAAACUGCAUGGUUAGUGACUAUGGUGUUGCCAUCUUGGCAUCUGCAAGUCACCUCAAGCUCCGUGUUCUCUCACUGUCUGGUUGCUCUAAGGUUACUCAGAAGAGCGUGCCGUUCUUGGGCAACCUUGGCCAGUCUCUAGAGGGCCUCAAUCUUCAGUUCUGCAACAUGAUUGGCAACCACAACAUUGCAUCGCUGGAGAAGAAGCUCUGGUGGUGUGACAUCCUUGCAUAG